AUGAAUAAGGCAAAAACUGUGUGUGUACCGGGUGACCCAAAUGUUGCCCUGAAACCGAUUACCGAAAGCGAGAGUGUAGACAGCGUGCCGUACCGUGAAGCCGUAGGCUCCCUUAUGUUUUUGGCAAUAGUGUCAAGACCGGAUAUCUCUUUUGCCGUAAACAAUGCGAGCAAAUUCUUGAACAAUCACGAUUCAAAUCAUUGGCGAGCGGUCAAAAGAAUUUUUGCCUAUUUGCUGGGAACAGCAAAUUUUGGAAUUGUGUAUCGCAGCGGUGGAAGUGAGUCAAAUCUCAUUGGCUUCUCCGAUGCAGAUUAUGCGGCCGACUUGGAGACACGAAGGUCUACCACCGGGUAUUUGUUUUGUUUGUCAGGCGGACCGGUCACGUGGUCAUCGAAACGACAGAAGUCGAUUGCAUUAAGUACAACGGAAGCCGAAUAUGUUGCGUUAUCGUUGGCUGGAAAAGAAGCAACAUGGCUUAGGGUUCUGUUAAGAGAUAUCGAAUAUCAAUGUGAGAAUCCCACGGUAAUUCAUGUCGACAAUCAAAGUGCCAUAAGACUGGCUAAAAACCCAGAGUUUCACCAAAGGACAAAGCACAUUGAUGUUUGUUGA